CUCGAGGCCCCUACAUUAAAUGAUAUUUUCAGCAAUUACUAGCAAGCUGGAGUCCCCACUCUCUGCGCGAUGGAUCAAAGGCCCUCUUGGCGUGAAUUGCCACAGAUUCAAUUUGGCGACUACGCCAUAUAAGAAGAGUAGGCCCUGAAAACAAAUUUUGAGAGUCGCUAAAACCCUCCAUUCCAGUACCAGAUCUACAGCAUUUAGCAUAUAAAAGCAGAAGUGAUGAGUAGCCGAUACGCAGCAGUGCACCAAUCGCCGAAGGGCGCAGGCGACGCGCGCCCAACUGCCCUUCAGGUCAUCCAGGAUGAACAUCUCGAGGGUCAAUGGUCUGACAAGGUCAUCCUUAUCACCGGCUGUUCGUCAGGUCUGGGUGUGCAUACUGCGCGAGCACUAUACGCUACCGGUGCUACACUUUACCUGACGGCCCGGGACCUCGACAGGGCGAAAACAGCGCUUGGUGAUAUGCUUGACAGCCCACGCGUGCACCUCUUGUCUCUGGAUCUCAAUUCUCUGGCUUCAGUGCGUGCCUGCACGGAGGAAUUUAUAUCAAGAUCUCCCCGGCUUAACGUUCUCAUCGCGAACGCUGGAGUCAUGGGCUGCCCGGAAGGAAGGACGGAAGAUGGUUUCGAGACGCAAUUUGGGACCAACCACCUGGCGCAUUUCCUCCUCUUCCACCUCCUACGUCCUGUGAUGCUGGCAUCUUCCUCACCGGGAUUUCACUCACGAGUGGUUCUUCUCUCCUCAGGCUCGCAUCGCUUUGGCCAAGUCAACUUUGACAAUCUGACUUGGAAGGGUGACUUCAACACCUGGAUGGCCUAUGCACAAAGCAAAACAGCCAACAUCUGGACCGCUAAUGAGAUUGAGCGGCGGUAUGAUACUCACGGUCUGCACGCGGUCAGUUUGCAUCCUGGGACCAUUGCCACGGACUUGCUGCGUCAUGUGCCGGCCGACCAAAUGACCAUUUGGACUGCUGAUAAAGAGUUAGAAAAAUAUUGGAAGACUCCUGAGCAAGGAGCUGCCACUACAGUCUGGGCGGCAGUGAGCCCGGAGAUGGAAGGAAAGGGUGGACUGUAUUUGGAGAAUUGUGCUGUGGCCAAUGCAUGGGUUCCUGCCGCUGGUCCUUGGGGACCCGGAUAUGCCCAAUGGGCGUAUAGUCCGGAGAGCGAAGCAAGGCUUUGGGAUGUAACAUUAGAUUUAUUGGAGUUGCGGGAGUAGCA